UGCCCCGGAAGUGAACGGCGCGCCGCGGCGGGGUGGGCGAAGAUGCCGCUGCCGGUUCAGGUGUUUAACUUGCAGCAGCCAGCCAGCUCUGUGUCAGGGUCGGGGGGUGCAGAGAGUCAGGACAGAAUGCGGGGUGGCCCGGCCCCCCGCGCGGCCGCGUCGUCAGUGGCAGAUGUGCACUGCGCCCCUCCCAGCGGUAGGUCAGAGCUCUUCCUGCCGGGCACGGCCGGGGACUUCAGCCUGAGCGCCAGCCUGUCGGCCUGUACGCUGCUUUAUGAGGGAGCCGUGGAGCCUAUGCAGAUUGACGUGGACCCCCAGGAGGACCCGCAGAACGCGCCCGAUGUCAACUACGUUGUGGAGAACCCCACCCUGGAUCUGGAGCAGUACGCGGCCAGCUACAGUGGCCUGAUGCGCAUCGAACGACUGCAGUUCAUUGCUGACCACUGCCCCCCGCUGCGGGUGGAGGCCCUGAAGAUGGCCCUGUCCUUCGUGCAGAGGACCUUCAACGUGGACAUGUACGAGGAGAUCCACCGCAAGCUCCUGGAGGCUGCCAGGGAGCUGCAGAAUGCACCGGACGCCAUCCCUGAGAGUGGUGUGGAGCCCCCACCCUUGGACACAGCCUGGGUGGAGGCCACGCGGAAGAAGGCCUUGCUGAAGCUGGAGAAGCUAGACACAGAUCUGAAGAACUACAAGGGCAAUUCUAUCAAGGAGAGCAUCAGGCGUGGCCAUGAUGACCUGGGUGACCACUAUCUGGACUGUGGCGACCUUAGCAACGCUCUCAAGUGUUACUCCCGGGCCCGGGACUACUGCACCAGCGCCAAGCACGUCAUUAACAUGUGCCUCAACGUCAUCAAGGUCAGCGUCUACUUGCAAAAUUGGUCUCACGUGCUGAGCUAUGUCAGCAAGGCCGAGUCCACCCCGGAAAUUGCCGAGCAGCGUGGGGAGCGGGACACCCAGACUCAGGCCAUCCUCACCAAGCUCAAGUGUGCAGCAGGUGCGCGCCCGUUGAUGGCCCCACAGGGCCCUGGCAGCUUCCUCUGGAUGCCGGGCUUCAUCCUUUUUCCCCCUGCCCCCGCUCCAGGCCUGGCUGAGUUGGCCGCACGCAAGUACAAGCAGGCUGCCAAGUGCUUCCUGCUGGCUUCCUUCGAUCACUGCGACUUCCCCGAGCUGCUCUCCCCCAGCAACGUGGCCGUGUACGGUGGCCUGUGCGCCUUGGCCACCUUUGACCGGCAGGAGCUGCAGCGCAAUGUCAUCUCCAGCAGGUGGGUGGAAGGUGGGGUACUGGGCACUGCAGCCCUGCUCCUGCGCCCCCAGCCACCUUCAGGCGGGUGGGCAGGCAGGGCCGGCUCUGAGGAGUCUGGCAUCUGCAGCUCCUUCAAGUUGUUCUUGGAGCUGGAACCACAGGUUCGGGACAUUAUCUUCAAAUUCUAUGAGUCCAAGUAUGCCUCGUGCCUGAAGAUGCUGGACGAGAUGAAGGACAACCUGCUCCUAGACAUGUACCUGGCCCCCCACGUCAGGACCCUGUACACACAGAUUCGCAACCGGGCCCUCAUCCAGUAUUUCAGCCCCUACGUGUCAGCUGACAUGCGCAAGAUGGCCACGGCCUUCAACACCACAGUGGCGGCGCUGGAGGAUGAGCUGACGCAGCUCAUCCUGGAGGGGCUCAUCAACGCCCGUAUCGACUCCCACAGCAAGGUGGGCAGCCUCAGGGCUGUGGGGUGUGGGAGGGAGACCCUGGGCCCCACUGAGCCCUGCACCUCCACAGAUCCUAUAUGCCCGGGACGUGGAUCAGCGCAGCACCACCUUCGAGAAGUCCCUGCUGAUGGGCAAGGAGUUCCAGCGCCGUGCCAAAGCCAUGAUCCUGAGGGCAGCCGUGCUACGCAACCAGAUCCAUGUCAAGUCCCCUCCCCGGGAAGGGAGCCAAGGGGAGCUGACGCCAGCCAACAGCCAGUCCCGGAUGAGCACCAACAUGUGAGGGCACCCUCAGCCUCCAGGACGGUCUGCACACCUUCCGCCCUGCCCCACCCCCCACCCUCGGACUCCUGGGCCUCGCAUCUGCUCCAGCAGCACUUCCAGAGGUGUUGCCUGUGGCCCACUUGUAGGGGCCUGGCUGCUGGCUGACGCUAGCCCUCAGCCCCCUGCCUGGGCUUCCAUGUGCCCAGAUUCUUGUGCCCCCCUUCCCCCUUGCUGCACCCUGUGCUGGGGGUGCUGGGGAGGAGAUGGGCUUUCCUGGAAGGAGCGGCCUGCUGGGCUCACGCACAUGGCGCCUGGGGCCCCACCUGGCAGCACUGUCUCCCAGCCUCUACGUUGUGUCAUUUGGGGUUGUAGCAUUGUUGAAUCUUAGUCCAUUAAAGGGCAGCCUGAGAACA